CCCUGACCCGCAUCCAUUGGCUGACUGGCUUAAUCUAAGUCAGGUAUUGGUCAGCCUGUAGCCGUUCAGAAAGAGUGCCCACCCUCCUGUGUAGCCAACUUCAGGACUGAUUCAUCAUGACUUCUGUGAAGGAGCAGGCGGCAAUUAGCCGGCUGUUGAGUUUUUUACAGGAGUGGGACAAUGCUGGCAAAGUCACAAGGAGUCACAUCCUCGACAGUUUCAUUGAAACCAACCAGGGCAGAACUGCCCCUGAACUGGAGCAGGAGUUUUCCCAGGGAGCCAGCUUAUUCCUGGUGCGCUUGACCACCUGGCUGAGACUCACCUAUAUGAUUGGCUCAUGUUUAAAUAAGAUACUAAGGUCCAUUGGCAUCUUCUUGUCAGCUGUAAGCAGUAAUCGGUACCUUGUAGAAUUUCUUGAGGUUGGAGGUGUCCUCACUCUCUUGGAAAUCCUUGGGCUGGAGAAGAUCAAGGAGGAGGACAAGAAGGAAUCCAUCAAGCUGCUUCAAGUUAUUGCAAACUCUGGCAGGAAGUACAAGGAGCUCAUUUGUGAAAGCUAUGGCAUACGAUCCAUAGCAGAAUUUUUGGCAAAGUCUAAAUCAGAAGAGACCCAGGAAGAAGUACAGGUUCUGCUGGAUUCUUUGGUUCACGGUAAUCCCAAGUACCAGAAUCAAGUGUACAAAGGUCUAAUUGCUUUACUGCCCUGUGCAUCCCCAAAAGCUCAGCAGCUGUCCCUGCAGACCCUCAGGACUGCUCAGUCGAUCAUCAGAACCACCCACCCCAGCAUCGUGGACCAUGUGCUGCAGCUGCUGCGCACGAUGCACCUGGAAGUCCAGUAUGAAGCCAUAGCUCUGAUCAAGGACCUGGUCGACUACGACGUGUGCCCGGAGCUGCUCAAGGGCCUUGUGGAGCUGCUGAUACCGUCCUUCAAAGAGACCAGCAAACUGCAGCCCAAGAUCCUCUCCGAAUCCUCGGCUCUCCAACUCACCGCUCCGCUGCCAGUGUUCUUACAGCAGGCCGCGGCCGCCAAGGCCAUCGGGGUCCUGGCGCGCAGCAACACCAGCCUCGCGGAGGAGAUGCUGCACUUGCGCGUGGUGCACAGCCUGAUGACCGCCAUGGGCAACACCGACCACAGCAACAGCCAGCGGCAGGCCAGCCUCACGCUGGAGGUGAGCGGGCGGCUGGGGGCGGCACGGCGGGCACCGGGCGUGGGCACUGCAGUCACCCGCCUGCCGCCGCAGUACUUCGUGCAGACGUUCCCGGUGGUGGAGGACCACGUGCGCAAGUCCAUGGGGGAGGAACUCUACCAGCUCUUCCUCGUAAGCGUGCCCCGCCCGCCACAAACAGCAGUUCCCUCCCACACAUCGGGCCUGUCGGCCGGCUGCAGAAGGGGCUUGGGCUCCUCCACCUGGGGUCCUUUGGUACCCUUUCCCGCCCCUCCGGUCAGCAGCAUCCCUCUGCCCAAGCCCACCUCCGGUCCGCACUGUCCUGGCCCCGCAGCCGGGUUCCUCUCGCUGCCGUCCUCAGAGCAAUGCCGGGGACUUAUACAUGAAAAUGAACAGCAUUCAGGCGGAUAUCUUGGCGGCCAACAAAGUCAAUGUUGCCAGAGCAUUAUACCCAGGUGACCUCUCCUCCGGCAUCACGGGCUUUUACUUCGGCCCUCGGGAUCAGGAGGCCCGUCUCCCACAGUUCCAGCAGGAGAAUACGCAAGGAAAAGAGUAACAGAGCCUCUGAAGCAAUCCAGGAAGGCCACGCUGUGUGACAGGAAGCCUCGCAGAGGAGCCUGGGGUCAAGCUCAGGGCAUUUCUCCACUUGGCCCUACGUGGGAGGCUGGGGGUUAGGCAUGCCAGUGGGUGUGAGGGAGAGCAGCUGCCCAGGAAAGUUCAAUAAACAGUCUUGCUAUCUGUC